GCCGUUUGGCUAGCGUAAUGCUACACAACAUGAGGCUUUCCUCCUGAUGAAGAGCAGACAUAAUAGCCUGUCUGUGGGAAGGAGAAGAAUAUAGUUAUCCUUAGCACAGCGAGCUGGGCUCAGCUUCUAGCUUUUAGGGGUUUUAUUUUAUUUUUAUUUACAUUUUUUUUUUACAAACAUUUCUGACAGUUUUUUUUAAGGUGUUAUUUUUCUUCUUCGGCUGAUGUGACUGAAUCCAGCGGUGCUCCAGUACAAGAAGAUGCACAGAUAAAAGUGUUCGCCUGACAACAUCAAGGUGCCUGAGACUUUCCUGGAUAAGUCUGUCUGAGUCUGACUGACCUGAUCCCACAAGAAGAGGACAUCUCUACUGAGCCAUCAGCAGACCCUCAACACUACACUGAUGAAUGUUUGUCGGCAGCUACCACUACGCCAUCACUCGGAUCACUUAUCAGUUGGAAGUUUUAAGCAAACGUUGGACUAAUAGGUUGUUGCUUGACGAACUGGACUGGCUUUUCACAUCGGGAUAUCACACGGGUGCAGCAACAACUUGACUCUGGGAUAGUGUCUAACUCAACAUAUGAUCACAUGCCCAUAUCAGCAAAGAUUUAUCUGCAAUCGAGGCCUUAUGUCUUAGAUUACACUGAACUUAUUUGCUGUAUCUACAGUUAUGUCUGUCAGAGAAUAGGUUCCUGGAUCGUCUCACUCAGGGAUUGAGGCUGAUUAAAACAUUUCAGUACUUUUGUCAUGCAGGGAAUCUGGGUCCGCACCAGAAACAAGCUGGCAUCUCAGACUUCAGGUGUAGCUGACUGUGUAGCCUCCCUGCCCUCAUCGAUGACCCCAUGACCCCUGCAGAAGCCAGAUAGUCCGGUAUCAGCUAACCACAUGUCCUUAUCAGAAAUUUAAUAGCAGCCGUCAGGAUGAGCGCAUGUCCGUAGCCACGCAACGCCAGCAUUGUCGAGGCUGGCGGACAUCUUCCUCGGCCAUGACCCGGCUGAUGUUGGGCCGGACUCUGGAGCGCAUCUGUAAAGGCGUCCUGCUGCUCUGCCUGCUCCACUUCCUCAUCAUGAUGAUCCUGUACUUCGACGUUUACACACAGCGCUUCGACCUCUUCAGCCGCUUCAACAACGGCCGCAACGGAUCCAGGAAUAACGCCAGCGGAGCAGCAGGGAACGGACACCAUUAUUACUAUUACAACCUUUCCAGGCCCAACGCGACGCUAGCCAGCUACCUGGCCACAGGGGAGCAGCUGGUGCCGAGUGCGCAGCCUGAGACCAAUCAGACACCUUCUCCAAAACCGCUGCCGCCGUGCCCCGAGAACCCGCCCGGCCUCGUCGGGCGUUUGUUGAUCGAGUUCAGCUCCCAGAUGACGAUGGAACGAGUGCAGAAAGAAAACCCCAACGUGACGGAAGGAGGCCGCUACACGCCUCCUGACUGUCGGCCACGAUGGAAGGUGGCCAUCAUCAUCCCAUUCCGUCACAGAGAAAACCACCUAAAAUACUGGCUCCACUACCUCCACCCUAUCCUCAGAAGGCAGAAGAUUGACUACGGCAUCUACAUCAUCAACCAGUUGGGUGAGGACACCUUCAACCGUGCCAAGCUGUUGAACGUUGGCUACACGGAGGCUUUGAAGGACGCAGAGUACGACUGCUUCAUCUUUAGCGACGUGGACCUGAUCCCGAUGGAUGACCGCAACCUUUACCACUGCUACGACCAGCCAAGGCACUUCGCCAUCGCCAUGGAUAAGUUUGGCUUCAGGCUGCCCUAUGCUGGCUACUUUGGAGGAGUGUCAGGCCUCAGUAAAAAACAGUUUCUGAAGAUCAAUGGCUUCCCCAACGAGUACUGGGGCUGGGGAGGGGAGGACGACGACAUCUACAACAGGAUCACUCUGAACGGGAUGAAGGUGUCCAGGCCAGACGUUCGCAUCGGCCGCUACAGAAUGAUUAAACACGAGAGAGACAAACACAACGAGCCCAACCCACAGAGAUUUAAUAAAAUCCAGAACACGAAGAACACUAUGAAGAAGGACGGCAUCAGCUCUCUGACCUACAAAGUGCUUCAGGUCAAGAGGUACCCUCUGUACACAAAUAUCUCUGUGGAGAUUGGCAAACCACCGCCCCGGCCUAUUAAGGGCUAGAGACAGACGGAGAGGAAGACGAGGGGGUCGACGCACACUGACUGGAGGGAAAAAUAUGGGAAGAAGAGAGCUUAUGAGAGGGAAAUAAAGAGAUCACAAAUCUAAGACAUCUGGAAGGAUGAUGGAAUGAAAGAGAGGAAAAAGUUACAAGCACAUUAUGGUCUCUUUCUCCCUCUCGACCCCUCUCUCUGUUUUGAUUUUUUUUUUUUUUUUUUUUUUUUUUUGGAUUUCAGCUUGCCAUUUCUGGAUCCAGGACUCAGGCUCUUUGCAACUUUUUCAAGCAGCCAGUGGCUUCACGCCUCCUACCUUUACCAAUCAGUGACUUCAGAAUUUUAAGAGUGGGGACCAAAGCUCGGAUAUCAGUAGCCGACCAAAGGUUGGUGUCAGACUUGGAGGCUGAAACUUGGAAUCUUUCCAUUAACAAUCUUUUGUAAACUGGAGGACAUCCAGUGGCAUAUCGAUGGAGAAUAUUGACAGGAGCUAUUGUCAGGGGAUUAGAGAUCAGACAAUGACAUCAUUUGAAACUUUGGAAAGUUUUCAUGGCCUGUUUUGAAACACUGGACAGUAUCAAGGGGGAUUUCUUGGAAUAUCUGACCAAGUUCAUAUAAGCAGAAUGAAAUGGGCUUUUUACAUGGAUACAAAGAUGGAUACAAGACGUGGUACCUGCUGGUUUGGGAAUGACUUAAGAGCGGACAACAAACCUUAAAAACGCCAUCAAACAUUUUACUUUCCGAGCAGUGAUGAUCAAGAGAAUGGGGAUUUCUAUUAGAGGCAAACUGUAACUAAAUAUGACAGGCAGUGAUGCUUCACUGAACUGUAUCUGAUGGACUGCAUAUCGAAGAAAACGUCUGACUCUUAUCUUGACAAAUGAUGCUAAUGGACGAUUUGAUAUUGACGUCUUUGUCAGGGAGUUUGGAUCUAAUUACUCAAUCAAAUCCUCCUCCGGUAUCAAUUAAUGAAUGUGUAUUGUGCCUGCAUUUACAGUGCUGGGACACGCUGAUAAAACAUGUUCAUCAGCAGCAACAAACUCCAGAGAACUCUCUUUUUGUUCACUUUUAUACAUAUAUAUAUGUAUAUAUACAUAUAUAUAUGUAUAUGUAUGUACUUUGGAAACCUGGCUUAUUGGAGUAACGGAAAAGUUUUGCAACAAAAGUAAACAUAUUGAAGACGUGAAGAGUUUUCUCCUGUUCUGGAUGCAGUGUUGUGGAACUACCUUGGGAAUGCAUUUGAAAUCAAAUCAAGGAACUGAAGACAGCAAGGCAGAUAGAUACACUGACAGCUCAGUUGUGAUUUUAACCCCAUGUGGCACAUAUUGGAGAUUAGGUUUCUGGAAGCUUUGUUUCUAUCACUCCCCUUAAAGACAGAUUAAAGGUUUAUUUUGGUAAUCUGGACAUUAAAUGUACAUAUUUGUCUCUACGAGAUCUAAAUGGCUUGAGGUACAUUCAUAUUCCUGAAGGUGCUGGUUUGAUUCAGUAAAAAUAUGCAUUUUCAAUUAGAAAAUUGGACAUUUACCACAUUUUCUGAACAUAUAUGGGACACAAAGGGGUUAAACUGAGCUGUAAGAAUAGAAUUAUGGCUCAUGCUUUACAGGAAAAAGUGUUGUGGAUACAUAAGCUUCAAACAUUUACACUGAAUCCACAGACAAGCCGAGCUGAAAAGUACUUUUGGAGGUCAAUUUUUAGCCUACAAUGUAACCUGGACGUCAAAGUUUUUUUAAGUAUCACAGUUCAUUAAAACUCUAUUGCUACUGUUAUUACGCCAUUUUCUCUCUCUGCUAUCUUUUUCUUUAAAUCUUUAAGAAAAAGAUGAUUAUAUCCGGAAAGAGGAAAUUAGAAGGUGAUAGUCUUCUGUCUGUGGAAAUUGUGAAUUUUAAGGCAGUAAUGAGAAGUUAUCCUUUGAGCAGUUUGACUGACAUCUCUAUGGCUGCUUUAGAUUUUAUCAUCAUCAGCUGUCACUUUUCUAUUUAUGUCUAUUUUAUCACACUUUCCAAUUUCAUAAAUUAAUCAAGCAUUGUGAGGUUUGUUUUUUAUUGAAGCUGUUGUUUUUAUUUGAGUUUCAUAACUUUCCCUGUGUGAAAAAUGAACAACUUAAUCUGCGUACAGAAGCCUUUGACUGUUUUAUGCUUUGAUACAUCAGUCUUUGUCCUUUGUUUUAUUUUUCCUUGUCUCUACUGUUGAUGCUGUUACUGUUGACGCCUAAACACCAAACCGAUGCCUUCAGAAGUUAUCGUUACUAAAGGGGCAAGGAAGCUUAUUUUUGAUUUAAAGGUCAUAUUGGGGUGUAAAAUCUGUUGAUGAAGAUGUGUGCUCGUAAUGGGUAAUACAGAAACUAACCCAUGUUUGCUUCAGUUUAAAAAACACACAUCAAAGGUUCAGUGUGUAGGAUGUAGUGGCAUAUAUUUUGUUUUUCCAACGCAUUCUCAUUCCAACCUUUACAUGUCCACAUACGACAUGUAAGGUACCCUGGGUGUGUUGGUUAUUGACGCUCUGGGACGCCGUGUCAAG